AACUGGUUGGCGAUGCCAGGUGGAUGGGAGCAAACUUCAGAAGGAAGAAGAGACGCCUGGGCCCUGGGCACCCUCAGGGGCAGACCCAGGCAGAGAGGGCCUGAGGCCAGCCGGCCAGGGUAGCAGCGUGGCAGCUGGCGCCGCCAGGACCUGCGUAAGAAAGCCGCGAGUGUUCAGCAGGCUGCGAGCGACUCCCCGGCGAUGCCUCACAACUCAAUCAGAUCCGGCCACGGAGGGCUGAAUCAGCUAGGAGGGGCCUUUGUGAAUGGCAGGCCUCUGCCGGAAGUUGUCCGUCAACGCAUCGUAGACCUGGCCCACCAGGGUGUAAGGCCCUGUGACAUCUCCCGCCAGCUCCGUGUCAGCCAUGGCUGUGUCAGCAAGAUCCUUGGCAGGUACUACGAGACUGGCAGCAUCCGGCCUGGAGUGAUCGGGGGCUCCAAGCCCAAGGUGGCCACUCCCAAGGUGGUGGAGAAGAUAGGGGACUACAAGCGGCAGAAUCCUACCAUGUUCGCUUGGGAGAUCCGGGACCGGCUCCUGGCAGAAGGCGUUUGUGACAAUGACACUGUACCCAGUGUCAGCUCCAUCAACAGAAUCAUUCGAACCAAAGUGCAGCAGCCGUUCAACCUUCCCAUGGACAGCUGCGUGGCCACCAAGUCCCUGAGCCCAGGACACACACUGAUUCCCAGCUCCGCUGUAACGCCCCCAGAGUCACCCCAGUCAGAUUCCUUGGGCUCUACCUACUCUAUCAACGGACUCCUGGGAAUCGCUCAGCCUGGCAGUGACAACAAGAGAAAGAUGGAUGACAGUGACCAGGACAGCUGUCGGCUGAGCAUCGACUCCCAGAGCAGCAGCAGCGGUCCCCGAAAGCACCUUCGGACAGACGCCUUUAGCCAGCACCACCUGGAGCCGCUUGACUGCCCAUUUGAGCGGCAGCACUACUCGGAGGCUUAUGCCUCCCCCAGCCACACCAAAGGCGAGCAGGGGCUGUAUCCACUGCCCUUACUCAACAGUGCCCUGGAUGAUGGGAAGGCUACCCUGACACCUUCCAACACACCCCUGGGACGCAACCUCUCGACUCACCAGACCUACCCGGUGGUGGCAGAUCCUCAUUCACCCUUCGCCAUAAAGCAGGAAACCCCAGAGCUCUCCAGUUCUAGCUCCACCCCUUCCUCUUUAUCUAGCUCCGCCUUUUUGGAUCUGCAGCAAGUCGGCUCUGGGGGCCCAGCAGGUGCCUCGGUCCCACCCUUCAAUGCCUUUCCCCAUGCUGCCUCCGUGUACGGGCAGUUCACGGGCCAGGCCCUCCUCUCAGGGCGAGAGAUGGUGGGGCCCACGCUGCCUGGAUACCCACCCCACAUCCCCACCAGUGGGCAGGGCAGCUAUGCCUCUUCUGCUAUCGCAGGCAUGGUGGCAGGAAGUGAAUAUUCUGGCAAUGCCUACAGCCACACCCCCUACUCCUCCUACAGCGAGGCCUGGCGCUUCCCCAACUCCAGCCUGCUGAGUUCCCCAUAUUAUUACAGCUCUACAACAAGGCCAAGCGCACCACCCACCUCUGCCACGGCCUUUGACCAUCUGUAGUUGUCAUGGGGACAGUGGGGACAACCAGGCAACAGGAGGACUUGGCCUGAGACAGGCCCCAGAGAGUCACACAAAGGAAUCUUUAUUUAUUACAUGAAAAAUAACCACAAUUCCAACAUUGCGGCUCACUCCCUGUGUGGUCAGUUUAAUGAACUGUGAAAGUCAGGAUGACCUUGGAGAAGGCCAAACUGUCCUCCGAGAUUCCUUUUGUGGGGGACAGGAGUUCCAGGAAAAACAAGAAGCAUCCCAUUUCAAAAGAGAUGGAAUUAGAGGAGAAAUGUACCCAGGCUGGUACCCACCAAAGGAGAGAAAAGGGUUCACGAAGAACUUAGAGGGAGACAUGGCUGAGGGUGUACAAGGACCACCUUGCAGUCUUCAUCAAUACAACCCCAGCAAUCAUGGACUAUAAGCAAGCCCUUCUGGCCCAUCAGUCAUAGCCCAGGGCCAGGGCUCUACCUAUCAGUCAUCCUAGGAGUGACCACCUUUAGCCUCUACCACCUGCUGGGCAAGUCAACCAGCAACUUUCUGGGGAUGUCAGCCUACCUUCCCUUUCUUGCUGCUGUGAGCCUACAAGCAUCCCCUAGCCUCUCCACCAGCGAGCGGGUCACCCCUUUGGCAGCAGCGAACCUGUCCCCUGGGAAGUGCUGGCAGCGAGGCUCUGCACAGAGCACAGCGCAAGACAUGAUGGCUGGGACCAUCACAUCCUCUUCUCAACAUCCCUGCCAAGUCAAGUGUGCUUUCUGCAGCUCCAGCCCACGCAGCCACCGAAGAGACCCCCAAGACCAUCAGGAAGAUUCCCUCUCUGGCUCCUCAGCUCCUUCCCCCAACACCACCUCACUGUAAAUACCGUAAAUGAAGCUCUGUUUGGGUCAAGCGUCCCUCUUUCCACCCCCCAGACUUUGGCCUCUGAGUGAAUUGCUUCCCUACUAUGUUGGGCUUUUCUCCUUGAUACUUUUUUCUUUUUUUAAAGACAACCCGCCAUUACCACAUGACUCAAUAAACCAUUGCUCUUGGUCUCAGGUUUUGCGGCA